CCCGGGGUGCCAUGGCGGUCACGUUGCCGACCGUCGCGGAGGAACUCUUGAACGAGAUGGCCACGGCGGUGCGGGAGAGCGCGCGAAUUCCUGAUGAGCAUCUAUUAUCGCUCAAGUUUAUCUUCGGUACAUCAGCCGUCCAGGCCUUGGACCUCGUGGAUCGGCAGUCCAUCACCUUAAUCUCAUCUCCCAGUGGGAGGCACAUCUAUCAGGUACUUGGAAGUGCUGGUAAAACAUACACAUGUUUGGCCUCUUGUCAUUACUGCUCAUGUCCUGCAUUUGCCUUCUCGGUGCUGCGGAAGAAUGACAGCCUGCUGUGUAAGCAUCUCUUGGCAAUUUAUCUUAGUCAAAUAAUGGGGACCUGCCAGCAGUUAAGCGUCUCUGACAACCAGUUGACUGAAAUAUUAUUGACGGAGGAGGAACAAGAGCAUAAAGCCAAGAUCCAUCUGACAGGAUCCGGAAGACAAAAAUUCCAGGUCUCCAGAGAGGCGCAGUAAACUUCCUGGGAUAUUGCAAAGGAUUGAAGGAAUGAACAAAAAGAUGAUGUAGCAAUGAUAAUAGAUCAAAAUGUAACUUGAUGUGAUUUCCAUUUUGACACACCCAGAAGUUCUAGCAGUUUAAAAAAAAAAAAGAAGAGGAAAUACAUGUGGAUGAAGCCUCUUGGGAAUUCCCUCUGAACAUUGAGCGGGAUGUGAAUAGCCUUGCUGUCAACAGAACCCACUGGAAAGUGGGUUAUUGACAGAUGUAACGAGGUUAAAAUCUGGUACCUUACCAUAUGAUAUCCCUGUUGACCCAUCUUAAGGUAGCUCUAGUUUUUAAUAUUUUCUUUUCAACUGAGGUUUUUCUGUUU